UUUAGGAAUUUAGGAUUUUAUUAAUUGUAAUUUAUAUCAUUUAAUUAAUAUUUUAUUGUUAUACUAAAUCAUGAUUCGUGGUGCUAUGUGCUAUGUACUAUAGUGCUAACUACUGUCAACCAGUAGUAUAAAACAGUAUAGGCAAGCCAAGUAUCAAUGACAUUGCCGAAAAAAGUUAUGUGGCGUAUUCAAUGCUCAAAAAUUACUUCUACCAUGAGCAAAAGAUCUAUKUCCAAAGCGAUGAUGCAGCUCUUACACUAUCAAUCUUUAAAAGUUUCAAACACAAAUAAAUUGAGAAACAUCAAGAUUGCUCAAAAAAGUUACAAGUCUACCCCCACGAGCAAUGAAAGCAUGACCGCAGAGAUUUGUUUACCAUGUCAAUCAGUAAAUGUUUCAAAUACAAAGUAUUCUAGUGACACACGAAUUGCAAGCCAAGUAGAAAUCAUACCGAUGCCAGUGAAAGUGAUAGAUUGUGGGACCACUACUAUUAGUAAAAAAUAUAUUAUGGAUGAUAAGGUUGUCUGCAGCGAAGCUUUUGGAACUACCACUGUACCUAUUGAUGAAAAAUAUGAAACUUUAGUUCACAAUAUUAGAGCCAAAGUUGGUCCGUAUGUUUGCCAAAUUUGUCAUAAAUAUUUUAAACAUAUUAAUAGCUUGGACGAGCACAAUAAAAGACACAAGCCAAAUGGAAACGAAAUACCAGUGGAUGUAAAUCGGCCACACGUGUGUGACAUUUGCGGGCUGUCAUUUAAGAAGAUAUACACCCUAACUGUGCACUAUAGGAUGCAUACUGGACAUAAACCAUUUACAUGCAAUGUCUGCAACGAAAAGUUUACAUGUUCGUCAAACCGGUCAGUACACAUGAGAACACACACAGGAUAUCGGCCAUAUGUUUGCAAUAGUUGUGGAUAUGCGUUUAAUCAAUCGCACGUGCUGACCGAACACAUGAGGCUACACACUGGUGAAAGGCCAUACAAAUGUGGUAUGUGCAAGUCAGCAUUUGUUUCCAGUGGAUUACUUAGAAAACACAUCAUACGAAAACAUAACAAACACGCCUAACUUUCAUAAAUUAUAUAACUACUCAUUACAUUGGUAAAACCGAUACAAAUAAAGAAACCUGACCUAAAAUAAAAAUGUUUUUUGUAAUCAUCCUAAGGCCAGAUCCUGUUGUUUAUAAAUUGCAGGCAAUAACAAAUUUUGAAUUGUCUAAGAUGAUAUAUUAUAAUUAUGGCCUAGGUUUCAGGACAUAUUGUAAUAAUAAACUUUCAAACAUUUUUAUUCUACAAUCUAAUUUGUCCCAUGAAUGAUAUAAGCAAUUUUUACUUUUUAUUGUUUAUAUUAUUGAUAGAAUAUUAGAUAAUACAAGUUGUAAACAUAGAUAUAAUACAUGUCUAUGGCUGUAAGAACAGUUAUUAUGGAUGUGUACAAGUUAAAAUUAUAUUUAUUGGUUUAUUAUAUUAUUGGAUAAAA